GCUAACCAUCAAUAAAAGAAGAAGGCUGUAGAGGUAAAUAACUCCACGAUUUGUAAUAAAAUUACAUUUUAAAAUGAUCAGAUGUCAUCUACGGUUAUGUUUAUAAUAGAAUUGCGUUUAAAGUUUGAGGAGUAAAGAAGUUGUUUUCUGUUUUGACACCAUUACGUAACGUAGGGUUUGUUUUAAAUUAAGCUAGCAGCUCAUGCUAACAGACGACCGGAGUCUUCGUCUAAAGGUGGUGUCCCGCCCCGAUGCUCCCCUGUGUCCUGCGUUCCGCCCGGCCCGCCUCAGUCCGCCUCUCCGCAGCCCGGCCUUUGGCUCACGUCAGGCCGCACAUGGACCCUGACCCCAGCCGCCCUGUGGAGCGGGCCAUCCGGACCAAACUGACCGAGGCCCUCAAACCCGACCACUUGGAGAUCCACAACGAAAGCCACAUGCACGCCGUUCCUCCGGGAUCCGAAUCCCAUUUCCGCGUUCUGGUGGUCAGCUCUCAGUUCCAGGGCCUGCCUCUGAUUCAGCGCCACCGCCUGGUUAACGAUGCCCUGAAGGAGGAGCUCAGCAGCCGCGUGCACGCUCUGGCCAUCCAGGCAAAGACUCCUGAGCAGUGGGAGAGCAGCCCCGCCCUGGCAAAGAGUCCGGCAUGCAUGGGGGGUUCGAGGGGCGACCACACAGUGGAGGAGAAGCUGAAGGCCGGCCGAGAGUGACAGUUCAUGUAGCGAUGAGUGGGAUGCAGUGUGUGUGUCACCAACAAGGACUGUGAAUGUAAAUAAAAGAUGACAUUAUAACAAAUUCAAAAGCUGUUUUGAAAAACUUUAUUGAUCAUUUGUAUCAAUGUAACGGAACUUAAUUUCUAUUAAAAACAAAAAAUCGUAAAAA